AUGAUAUCGAUGUGGCUUGCACACGGUGUGCAGAAAGUGAUCACGGCCACCGAUGUUGGGAGACUUGUAGUGACCAGAAAAAUUCUUGCUGUGCUGCCUUCUGUCAAUCCAGGUAAUGCUAUCUCAACCAAUGUUUUCGACAGCCAAACAGAUCGGGUUUACGUGUUCAAGUUAGCUGGUAGGCGCGGCAGAUACCUGAAGCCAGUUCUCCAGUCUCGAGGAUGGAAACGCUUUGUCAACGACAGAGGCAUUGCUGUUGGGGACAUCGUCUGCUUCUGGGAGGAGGAAAACCCAACUUAUCAAACACACUACCGAAUUGCACUGUUCAAACCACAUCUUUUUCCCGGCCACCCAGAUCUUCAUGGUGUCUAG